AAGGUGCUUUUGCUGCCUGACAUUGGGAUGCGCCAUACGCACAGAAUUACAUAACAAUUGGAAGCAUGCGACCAAAAAACCAAGUGCCGAAAGGAAAUGAGCGGCAAGUCGAAAGUUGUUGAAUGAACUCGGGCCACGUCGCCUAACACACACCACGAGCCAUCCAUUGUUCCAGUGACCUGGCAGACGCGUCCUCUAUUGUUCAUCCCUUGUGAUACGACAGGCGGCGUUACACUGUGAAACCGACAUGAACUGCCACAACAGUCUAAUUGUGUUUGCCACCGCUAGAUCCCACGCCAGAAAAAAUGCUGGCCACGAGCAGCGUUGGCGCCACUACCGCUGUUUGCUCGCUGUCCGACCAGGUGAAGAAGUACAAACCCCGCAAUGUCGCCGACGUGAAAGACUCGGACAAUCCGAACAAAGUCGUCAAGCGCGACAUUGACUCGUUGGUUAUCAUGUGCAUCAAAGUCGUCACCGAACGAUUUAGCACCAAAGCGAACCCCAUGGCGGGUAUCCCGACGAGGUUUCUGCCCGAAGUGACGCAGCGCCUCCCUCUCGAUUUGCACAUCGUGGCAACGGCUCCGCACAUCCACGACGAAAACUUUUGGAAGCGCUGUUGUCUGCACCGGGCAGGAUGGUCGAACUUGCAAAUUGCGCACCAUGGCCUGACUUGGAAGCAAUUGUACUUGGAGCGCAAUUUGCAAGAAGAACUGGAGGCAUUCGACCCGACCAACUCGAAUGGCCAUGGCACGUACGCCGACUUGUUGACCAAGGUCCACGCGAGCGCGCCGCACAUCUUCUCGCUUGAAAUCGACCAGCUUUUGUCCCACUUGGACGUACACGAAGUCACGUCGUGCCUGCCCAACUUGACCAAGCUCAAGCUGUCGUACGGCGUCAAGAACAUCGGUAUGAAGUACGAGCGAAUGCUGUUCGGAAUGAAAAUUAGCGACGCCACAUCUCUUUCGCAUGCGAUCAAGGCGACUACGACUCUGUCGACGCUGCAGCUCCCAAGCAAUCUGUUGGACGACGAUUUGCUUCGCAUGCUCAUGACGGGCCUCAUCAAGAACACCACGAUCACAACGUUAGAUUUGUCCCACAAUAAGAUUACCAACCAUGGCGCCCGCCUUUUGGCCAAGCUCCUCGUGCCCACCUCGGUCAUAUCAACGCUCAACUUGUGCGACAAUCAAAUUCACGCGGAAGGCGGAAGGUACUUGGCUCGUGGUCUCAAAUGCAACACGAGCUUGGUCGAGUUGAACCUACGGCUCAAUCGCCUCACGGACGAAGGGGGCAAGUUGCUUCUCGAAGGUCUCGUCGGCCAUCGAUCGCUGUCGAUUUUGAACUUGAGCAACAACGCCCUUGCGUCGGAAACUGCGGAAGCGUUGUGCAGGCUCUUUUUGGACCCCGACAGCGCUCUUUCUGUCAUCGAUUUGAGCGGCAACCAACUCCAGGAAUCCGACGCCAUUUCGUUGUACGAAGGAUUGGAAAAGAACACGCGUGUGGUAACGUUGGACUUACGGCAAAACCAAAUCUCCAAGGACACGUCGGCACUAACGCAAAUUGCGCAGAUCGUGCGCCGCAACGAGAUCGAAGGCCGUCGAUCGUGAACCGUUCUUCGCCAUGUUUCAUGCAUUAAUGCAAUCCUACUACAUUGCCUCUUACGGCGUGUCCAAGUCGUCGAUGGGGUGAACGACGUGGUCCUUGACACG